AUGUCGUUGAGGCACCCGUUUCCCAAUGUCUACAAGUUCUUCAACCAAUUUGCGGACCCCACUCAGUCCUCGCCUGAGCAGUCAUCCCGAAGUCAAGGGCUCCGGAAGAGUGGUCCACGCUCCAAGACCGGUUGCUCGACAUGCAAACAACGGCGUGUAAAAUGCGACGAAACUAAGCCGGGAUGUAUAAGGUGUCAGAAUCUCGGGAGGGAGUGCGGAGGCUACCAAGUUGAAGCAAAUACUGAAUCAGAAAAAGCCGUCGCCCCAGUGGCGAUCCAUCCACGUCCUGUAUCUGUAAUGCCGUAUGCACCGUCUUCUGCAAUUCCUGGGAACCAAGAAGAACGUCGCUACUUUCAACGUUUCUGUGAUAAGACGUCGGGGGAGAUUGCUGGAGAGUUUGACCCUACGUUCUGGACUGAAAAGGUUCUUCAGCUUUGCCAUACGGAUGCUCCGAUACGGUAUGCUACGAUAGCUUUGGGGGCGCUGGCGAAGUCUUUGGAGGUAACGUCGUUUCCAACACGGUUGUCGCUGUCAGGGUUUCCCCAGAUUGACGUGCGACAUAUGGAUGAGCAUCACAGCUAUGCUUUGCGGCAGUAUAGUAGGGCGAUUGGGGCACUUAGAACGGUUCUUUCCGACGGUCGGCGGCAUUUGAGGACGUCACUCACAUCAUGCGUAUUGUUUAUGACGUUCGAAGCUCUGCAAGGAAGCUAUGACGGGUCGUUAACGCACCUGCGAGGAGGGUCGAGAUUACUCGCCGAUUGGAGAACAGCACGGAAAGGGCAAAGCUCACGGCUUUCGCAGGAUUCGUUGUCGGAGAUCCAAGAUGGACUUGUUGAUGACUUGGGCAGACUGUUUGCACGACUGGACGUCCAAGGACUUUUUGUGCCGCCACCAUAUCCGAUGCCUGAAUGCGACUGGGAGGAUAUUAUGAUUGCUGAUUAUUUUAGCACUUUCCACGAGGCGAAGGAAUCGUUUGAUUUCUUGAUGCAAGGCAUAGCGCAAUUCUACCUAAAGUCUAUUGGCCAUGCACAACAACACCCGGACAUACUGGCCUCGACGUUUUGGAUAAGCCAGCAUACUCACUACUCUAACAAACUCAACCAAUGGAGGUCAGCGUUCCAGGUGGUCCACGCAAGAGAAGUGAAGACCGGAGCGGUUUUGACCGAGGCAACGAACGUGCUCAGUAUAUACUACAAUCUCGCCACGGUUCUGCUAGCAUCCAGUGUGCAGCAUUCAGAGAUGUUGUACGAUGAAUUUGAGGCCUUGUUCGCCGAAAUCAUCACGAAAUCCCAUCAACUUCUCACGAACCCCGAUGAGCCCACGAACACUGCUCGGUACACGCUCGACAUGGGGACGAUACUUCCGCUUGCAAUCACAGCGAUAAAAUGCCGCAAUAAACGGAUACGGCGGCAAUCGAUUGCACUGUUGUGGUCGAAAGCUCGUCGGGAAGGGCUGUGUUUCGAUACCAUUACAGUAGCUCGACUCUGUGCUUGGCUGUCGAGUAUAGAAGCAGAAGGGAUUCUCGAGGAAUCGGAAAUGAUACCUGAGUCGGCUCGAUAUGUGGUGACAUAUCUGCACAUCAACUCAGAAGAGCGUUGGUUGGCAGUGCAACUUACGUCGGCGAUAGCAAAAGAGGACGGGACACUUUCGUACAAAGAGACGACAUUUUCUUGGUAG